AUGCCAAGCCAACAAAAGAAAGUCAUCUUUUGCACGGCUGGGGUGUUAAGCUUCGUGUGCGCCCUUGGACUUGUGACAGCCCUGGGGACACCGCUGUGGAUCAAAGCCACCUUCCUCUGCAAAACGGGGGCUCUGCUCGUCAAUGCCUCUGGGCAAGAGCUGAACAAAUUCAUGGGAGAAAUGCAGUACGGGCUUUUCCAUGGAGAGGGCGUGAGGCAGUGCGGGCUGGGAGCGAGGCCCUUUCGGUUCUCAAUUUUCCCAGAUUUGCUCAAAGUGAUCCCCUUGAGCAUCCACAUCAAUGUCAUUGUCUUCUCCAUGAUCCUGGUUGUUUUAACCAUGGUGGGAACAGCCUUCUUCAUGUAUAACGCUUUUGGCAAGCCCUUUGAAACCCUUCACGGCCCACUAGGGUUGUAUCUUUUGAGCUUCAUUUCAGGUUCCUGUGGCUGCCUUGUCAUGAUACUGUUUGCCUCGGAAGUGAAAAUCCACCACCUCUCAGAAAAAAUUGCAAAUUAUAAAGAAGGGACUUACGCCUACAAAACGCAAAGUGAAAAAUACACCGCUUCGUUCUGGGUUGUUUUCAUCUGCUUUUUUGUUCAUUUUCUGAAUGGGCUCCUAAUACGACUUGCUGGAUUUCAGUUUCCCUUUGCAAAACCUAAAGCCACGGAGACGACUAAUGUUGCUGCAGAUCUAAUGUACUGA